UACAUUUAUUUAGCUGACACUUUUUAUGCAAAGCGACGUACCACAAGUGCGUUCAAACAUGUUGGUAGGCAUACCACACUAAAAAGUGCAAGGCUCAGUGAAGUAGCCUACACCAACUUCAUCAAUGUGCUGAUGCGCCGCCAGGACAACAACUGGUGAGAGUCGUCCUCAUUUUAACGGAGAUCCCUGUGUUAACUUUUUCACGGAGCUCCGUCUGUUGACCCUGGUCCCACAGCUCUGUGCCAUGACACAACUGACAGCUAAAUCCUCUCAGGUGUAGCAGCAGAGCGCAGGCUCCUCCCCAACCAGCUCUGACCGACUGUCAGAAGAACAGGAAGACUCCUCUACCGCUACAGACUUUAGUCGCUUCCCCCUUGUCAUUAAGGGGUUACAAAGUUUAACUAAACUUGUAGCAGACAUGGAAACUAAUUUAUCAGACACAGUCGGGCUAAGUAAACCGUAAUACCAACUCGUCGUCCGUGUUGUAGUCGCCAAAACAACUCGUGGAAGUGGAAGCGGAGUUUUUUUUCCACGGAGACUUUACCUAGAGCUAGCCUAGCUAAGGCUAAUAGUUAGCUCAGUUAAUACAGCAUACUUUCCGGACUUAAAAUUCACAUUGUUUAAAGCUUCGGUUUGUGUCACAUGUGAAUACUUGUAGACUAAACCCUCAUUUGUUUUUUUGAAACGCAACAGGUUGCUUUUGUACUUUUCGUCCCGAGGACUUGGGGCUGUGCUUUGAAUUUCCCUCCUUCAGUGAUAGAAACAGACGGCUUCUCGAGGGGCUCGUUCACUGUAGUUGGCUCUCUACCAAAUCAUUAGCAAUUGUGCUAAUUGUGGCUAAGUUAGCCAGAGCACUAGCUUAGGCCCAAGGGAAUUAAUAGUUGGCUUUCUCGCAAAGUUGCCGCCGGAGGAAACAUUUGCUUUGCGUUUCCCCUUUGAGUGCGGGGAGAUUAACGCCACACGGGUUUAUUUUGACACCCAAUCCAAGGAAACGGAUUAAGUAAUAAAUAUGGAUCCACACACGGGGAACUCUGCCUCGGCUGCUGGUCCCAAGAAGGACAAGAAAGCAAAGAAGAACUCUGAGGAUGGAGAUGGGAAAAAGAAAUUUAAACUCAAACGCCUGAUUCCUGACGAGUUGGAGCGUUUCACCAGCAUGAGGAUGAAAAAGGACAAAGAGAAGCCCGGCCAAGUGCCAAGUCAGCGACACUCUUCAGCUGCCAGCUACGAGAUCAACGCUCAGAGUGCGAUGCUGCAUGAUCAUUCUGAUGAAUACGUCCUGGAUCUUUUUGAACAGAUGCUGGUGGAUAUGAACCUGAAUGAGGAGAAGCAGCGGCCUCUGAGGGAAAAAGACAUUAUGAUCAAACGAGAGAUGGUCUCCCAGUACCUCCACACGUCGAAAGCUGGUCAAAACCAGAAGGAGAGCUCCAAAUCAGCAAUGAUGUACAUCCAGGAGUUAAAGUCAGACUACCGAGACACACCGCUGCUGAGCUGUCUGGAAUCUCUGCGAGUCUCACUUAAUAACAACCCUGUCAGUUGGGUGCAGAACUUUGGAGAUGAAGGGCUGGCCUUGCUGCUGAAUCUGCUUAGAAGACUACAGGAGGACAAAGACGAGUACCCAAUGAUGGGAGUGAAAUGUCAACACGAGAUCAUCCGCUGUUUAAAAGCCUUUAUGAACAAUAAGUACGGUCUUAAAUCCAUGCUGGAGUCAGUUGAGGGAAUUCCUCUGCUGGUCAAAGCCAUCAACCCUCGGGUGCCUCAUAUGAUGGUGGAUGCUGUCAAGCUGCUUUCUGCCAUCUCAAUUUUGGAACAUCCUGAGAACCUCCAUGAGCGUGUUUUGGAGGCCAUUACAGAGGAGGCAGAGAUACGGGACAUUGAGAGGUUCCAGCCACUCCUUACUGGCAUGAGAAAUCACAACAUUGCUCUUAAGGGUGGCUGCAUGCAGCUAAUCAACGCCUUGAUAAGCCGGGGGGAAGAGUUGGACUUCAGGAUCCACAUUCGCUCAGAACUACUAAGACUGGGACUCAGAGACCUGCUGACGGAGGUCCGGAUGAUAGAAAACGAAGAGCUGAGGGUGCAACUCACGGUGUUUGAUGAGCAAGCUGAAGAUGACUCUGAGGACCUCAAAGCACGUCUUGAUGACAUCCGCAUUGAGAUGGAUGAUGUGAGGGAAGUGUUUGAAAUCCUAGUCAACACUGUAAAGGACUCCAAGGGCGAAUCCCACUUCCUGUCCCUGAUGCAGCACCUGCUGCUGAUCCGUAAUGACUACCUGGCCAGGCCUCAGUACUACAAGUUGAUAGACGAGUGUAUCGCUCAGAUCGUGCUUCACAGGAAUGGAGCAGACCCCGACUUCAAGUGCCGUAACCUCAGCAUCAACGUUGAAGGCUUGAUAGACAACAUGGUGGACCAGACCAAGGUUGAAACCAGCGAGGCUAAGGCAGCUGAGCUGGAGAAGAAGUUGGAUUCAGAGCUGACGGCACGCCACGAGUUGCAGGUGGAGCUGAAGAAACUGGAGGGCGACUAUGAGCAGAAGCUGCAGGACUUAAGCCAAGAGAAGGAACAGCUUGCCACUUCUAAGCAGGAGCGAGAAAAGGAGAACGAUGGACUACAACAACAGCUAAGCUCUCUGCAACAGCAGAUUGAAAAGCUGUCUAAAGAUCUGGAAGAGGCCAAGACAAAAGUUGUCACAGUUACUGUUCCUGUGCCAACACCCGGUGGGCCCCCUCCACCACCUGCCCCUCCUCUCCCUGGUCAGAAUGCAGGUAUGCCCCCUCCACCUCCACCUCCACCCCCACCGCUACCUGGCCAUGCAGGCAUGCCUGUUCCCCCACCCCCUCCUCCUUUACCGGGUCAUGCCGGUAUUCCUCCCCCUCCUCCUCUACCAGGCAUGCCGGGACCUCCACCACCUCCACCCCUCCCUGGUAUGCCAGGACCACCACCCCCUCCACCUUUACCUGGGAUGGGACCACCACCCCCUCCACCUUUACCUGGAAUGGGCCCUCCUCCACCACCACCUCCACCUGGGUUCCCUGGUGUGCCUCCACCACCACCAGGCCCAGGCAUGCCUCCACCUCCACCAUUUGGCAUGGGGGGCUGGGGUGCCCCUGCACAACCCCAGCUGCCUUAUGGGCUCCAGCCUAAGAAGGAGUACAAGCCUGAGGUCCAGCUGAAGAGAGCCAACUGGAGCAAGAUCGUACCUCAGGACCUCUCAGAGAACAGUUUCUGGACCAAGGCAAAAGAGGAGCAAUUUGAAAACAAUGAGCUCUUUGCCAAACUCACCUUGGCCUUCUCCUCACAGACAAAGACCAAAAAGGAGCAAGACGGCGGAGAUGAAAAGAAGCAGCAGCAGAAGAAGAAGGUGAAGGAGCUUAAGCUUCUGGACUCCAAGUGUGCACAGAACCUUUGUAAGUCCUUUGCAGUCUGUUUGACAGCCCAGCACCAAUGA